GGGAGCUUGGCGCUGAGGAGCCGGCGACUGCUGCAGCUGCUCGCACCAUGUCCGCGCGCAACCGGGGCACGGAGCUGGACCUUAGCUGGAUCUCCAAAAUACAAGUGAAUCAACCCGCAGUUCUGAGGCGUGCUGAACAAAUCCAGGCUCGCAGAACCGUGAAAAAGGAGUGGCAAGCUGCUUGGCUCCUGAAAGCCGUUACCUUUAUAGAUCUUACUACACUUUCAGGCGAUGACACAUCUUCCAGCAUUCAAAGGCUCUGUUAUAAAGCCAAGUAUCCAAUCCGGGAAGAUCUCUUAAAAAGUUUAAAUAUGCAUGAUAAAGGCCUUACGACGGCUGCUGUUUGUGUCUACCCCGCGCGGGUGUGUGAUGCAGUUAAAGCACUGAAGGCCUCGGGCUGUACCAUCCCAGUGGCUUCCGUGGCCACUGGCUUUCCAUCUGGACAGACUCAUUUAAAAACACGAUUGGAAGAGAUCAGAUUGGCUGUGGAAGAUGGAGCUACGGAAAUCGAUGUGGUGAUUAACAGGACCUUGGUGCUGACCGGCCAGUGGGAAGCCCUGUAUGAUGAGAUUCGUCAGUUUCGCAAGGCCUGUGGGGAGGCUCAUCUCAAAACCAUCUUAGCAACAGGAGAACUUGGAUCUCUUACUAAUGUCUAUAAAGCCAGUAUGAUAGCGAUGAUGGCAGGAUCAGAUUUUAUUAAGACCUCUACUGGAAAAGAAACAGUAAAUGCCACUUUCCCGGUAGCUAUAGUAAUGCUACGGGCCAUUAGAGAUUUCUUCUGGAAAACUGGAAACAAGGUAGGCUUUAAACCAGCAGGAGGCAUCCGCAGUGCCAAGGAUUCCCUUGCUUGGCUCUCUCUCGUGAAGGAAGAGCUGGGAGAUGAAUGGCUGACACCAGAACUGUUUCGGAUAGGUGCCAGUACUCUGCUUUCGGACAUCGAGAGGCAGAUUUACCAUCACGUUACCGGAAGAUAUGCAGCCUAUCAUGAUCUUCCGAUGUCUUAAAUCAGCGACCAGUUCCAGAAAAGUGCUGUAUAGCAACAUGUAAAAUGUGUUUUUCUACGUAAUUGCUAAAAUUGUUUAAUUAAAACAUGAGGGAAUGAAUGGAUAACUGACUUUUUUUUCCCCCCUUAAAACUUUCACUGAAUUUAAUUCAAAGAAUAAAAGAAAAAAACAACUAAUCCAUACAUGGUAUUCUUUUCAGGUGCCUCUGAAUGGUCCUAAUUACUUGAAGAUCUGUAUUGUUAAUUUUGUGAAGAUUUUCUCUUAAGAAUUCUGAGUAAAAUAUUAAUGAUAGCUUUGACAGCAUUCAAUUCUAAGGGGGAAAAAAACAUUAAACUGCCCAAGAAACGUGCCUUUAGCGAGAGCAAACGUAGCAUCCCUGAGCUGCUGGCCAUACUCUGAUGACUUCGGGAGUCACUGACUUGGCACUAAUUUCCUGCCGUGAAAAUCUGUCUUUAAUUUUUGCAACAGAUAUGCUCUCUUAUUAAUUAUUUUGCUAAUGAAACUCCUGUCAUUGUUACAUGAUACUGUGGCUAUUGCAUUUUUUAAAUAAAAAAAUCUCUGUAGUUUAUUUUUUUGGAAAAAAAAUCACUUUAAAUUGUAACAACACCAACUGAAAGAUAAUCCAUUAAACACA